CGUUCUCAGUUCUUUUCUUUCAGCUUAAUCCUUCGCAUCCUAGUCGGUGGCCGGACCAUCUUUUCCAUUCGUUGUAUAUUUUUAAUCUCGUAUCACCUUUUCAUACAUACAUCAUGAGGUUCGCUGGCAUUCUUCCCCUGCUAGCCCUCGGCGCUUCGGCCGCUGCCUACGUCGUCCAGGACAGACCAUUUGACGCCGUCGAGGCUCGCGAGCCAGGAAGUGGUUCCUUGCUUGCCUCUUCGGCCAUGAACACUCUUCGCCUUCGCGAAGCCGCUCCAGUUCCACACCACAAGGGCAAGGGCAAGGGCAAGGGCAAAGGACUCUUCAAUAAACGUGAUCCGGAGCCCAUCGCUCUGCCAGAGCCCAUCCCAGAGCCAGAGCCUGUUCCCGAGCCUCACCAUAAGGGGAAGGGAGGCAAGGGAAAGGGACUUGGAGCACUCUUCGGGCGCGAUCCGAUGCCCCAUCACAAGGGCAAGGGAAAGGGUGGGAAGGGAAAGGGACUCGGACAACUGUUCAACAAGCGUGAGCCAGAGCCGGUCGCCGUGCCAGAACCUAUCGCUAAACCGGAGCCCGUCCCGGAGCCUCACCACAAGGGGAAGGGUGGAAAGGGCGGGAAUGGAGGCAAAGGAAAGGGACUUGGAGCACUAUUCGGCAAGCGUGAGCCAAUGCCUCAGGGCAAGGGCGGCAAGGGAAAGUGAAAGGGUCUCUUCAACAAGGUUUAGACUGAGAUUUGGAAGGGUAUAGAUGAGAUUGGGACGUGGAGACGACGGGGAAUUGAAUGAAGAACUGAAUCCAGAAUAUCCCUUACGGUGUGUAUUAAUUCCUCUUGGUUUGGCAUGCUAUGUGUCAAGAGGUCGCACUUAAUGGGUUGUACAAAUAAGCGAAUUAGCGAAUGACAUGAACGGCUG